AUGGCAAAGCUGACGAGCCAUUAUGCCCCGUCUCCGUCCAAAAUAGCCCGCCGGCACGCUUUCCAUCAACGCAGCCAAGCCGAGGGAGAGUCAGUCAGCGCCUACAUUGCUGCCCUACGAUCGGCCGCCCUCCACUGCGAACAAAAAGAGCUUUCCUCAAAAAAAAUCCAGCUAACUGUUAAUGUGGAAGGGAAGCCCUGCGAGAUGGAGCUAGACACCGGUUCUGCAACCUCCAUAGUGUCUUGGAGCACAAUUAAGCGCCUUUUGCCUCAGCUGUCAAAGCGCCGAUUACAAGACUGUAACCUUACAUUACGGGACUAUCAGGGCAACCUGAUUCCAGUAAUUUGCACCCGCAAAGUCAGAGUGCAAUUCAAGGGGUUUGACGGCCAGUUACCCCUCAUCAUAGUUGAGGGGCGGCUGUCCAGCCUCCUCGGCCUUGACUGGUUCCAGUCCCUGGGCCUGCAGAUCAGCGGUAUCCACCACCUAAGCGCGUCAGCCCUUGAUUGCCUGGUCAACGAAUUCCCUACUGUGUUUGAUGGCGCCUUAGGCAAAUACACAGGCACACCUGUGUCUUUCAACCUCGACCCGUCAGUGCAGCCGGUGCGGAUGAAGCCACGCCGAGUACCCAUCGCACUCAAACCAAAAGUGGACGCCGAGCUGGACAAGCUUGUGGCUCAAGGCGUCCUGGAGCCGGUGGACCAUGCAUGAUGGGAAACACCCAUCGUGUUACCAAUCAAACCUGACGGCAGCGUGAGGAUUUGUGCAGACUACCGCUGCUCUAUCAACCGCGCUCUGCCAUCCAACGCAUACCCGGUGCCAGUGGUUCAGCACCUAUUACACACCUUGGGCGAGGGGACUGUUUUCGCGAAGCUCGAACUCGCCCAGGCGUAUCACCAGCUGGUGGUGGACGAUGAGGCAGCUGAGGCGCAGACAAUCAUCAUGCACCGGGGCGCGUUCCGCUGCCGCAGAUUGCAGUUUGGGGUUAGCAUUGCCCCAGGACUUUUCCAAAGUUUGAUGGAGCGCCUGCUCCAAGGACUCCGAGGCGUCGUCCCCUAUUUUGACGACGUCCUUGUCUCCGCAACCUCCCUAGAGGAACUCAUGGCCCGCCUGCGGGUGGUCCUCCGGAAAUUUCGACAGGUGGGACUCAAAGUCAAAAGAGACAAGUGCCAGAUUGCGGUGCCCCAGAUAGAGUUCCUUGGGUUCCUCAUUGAUGGCAGCGGCAUCCACCCCACAGCUGCCAAGACCAAAGCCAUCGUGGAGGCCCCUGCACCUACUAACAGAGCUGAACUACAGGCCUUUUUAGGCCUACUCAAUUUCUAUGCUGUGUUCCUGCCACAUAAGGCAUCUGUAGCUGAGCCACUUCACCGCCUCCUUGACUCAGGCGCAGCCUGGGUUUGGGGCCGCCGGGAGGCCUCCGCAUUCCUAGCUGUCAAGCACCUACUUAUCUCCAACGACGUCCUCGUACAAUACAGCGAACACUUGCCUAUUGUGCUCGCUUGCGACGCUUCCCCCUACGGGGUGGGCACCGUUCUUUGCCACCAGCUACCCAGUGGGGCAGAGGUGCCUGCCGCAUAUUUUUCCCACACACUCUCUGCCUCAGAACGCAACUACGCUCAAAUUGACUAGGAGGCUCUUGCUAUUGUAGCCGGGGUGCGGCGUUUCCACCACUAUUUGUACGGCUGCCCAUUCCAAAUUGUCACCGAUCACAAGCCGCUACUCGGGUUGCUGGCCGGCGAUCGCCCUGCCCCGCAGGUCCUAUCUCCGCAGAUGACACGCUGGUUUGUUUUCCUUGCUUCCUAUGACUACCAGCUACAUCACCGCCCGGGGAAGCAGAUUGCUCACGCCGACGCACUCAGUUGUUGCCCCCUGCCGGAGGCUACUGAAGACCCUGCUGCUGUGGCCCCAGUUUUCCUAAUUGACGACCUCAAUCUUCCAAUUUCUGCCGCCGACAUCGCCCGGUUGUCCGCAAGGGAUCAGGUAAUAUCUCGGGUACUAGACUGGGUUAGGCGGGGGUGGCCAAAAGACCCCGUAGAUCCCGUUUUCCUUCCCUUCAAAUCCCGCCUGGCGGAGCUGUCCGUCCAGCGCAGCUGUUUGCUUUGGGGCCACUGAGUAGUGGUGCCUGCCUCACUGAGGACUACCGUCCUGCAGCAGCUGCACCACGCACACCCUGGCAUUGUCUGGAUGAAAGCCCUGGGCAGGAGCUACGUCUGGUAG